AUGUCCUCUACACCAUCCUCGCCACCCUCGUCUGCAUACGAGCGCCUGUGGCGCUCGCCGCCGCCCUACGCGUCGCCCGCGAGCGUGCGGAGCCCACCUUCCAGCUACGACAGCGACUCAUCGUCCCUUCCAUCGCGGUGGAGCCUGUCGAGCGAGUCCACGCUCCGCAGGCCGAGCGCAAGACAGCGCGACAGCGCCGACAACAUGCUCGUCAAAGUAUACCCGCCGCUCGUGCCGACUCCUCGUUCAUCUCCACUGCCCGCCAAGGGCACAGCGCUCGAAGACCGCCUCACAGACCGGCACCGUCCCGAUGCUCUGGGCCGGCGCGUGCUCAUCGGCCCGCUGCGGGGCGUAUCCUCGACCGAGCUCGCCAGCCUCCUCCUCUCCCGCGUGGGGCCGGUCAACUCGCUGACUGUCGACCGGCGGGGGAACGCCAUCGUUCAGUUCGCCUUUGGGGGUACCGCCGGGGACGCGCGGAAGAAAUUACACGGCCUAGUCCUCGAUGGCGGCAACAGGAUUUCCGUCGUCGUGCUGCCCGAAGAGGAUUGGGAAGAGAGGGAACGCAAGCGCCCUCGCCUAUCAGACCAGCGCAAGUGUUGA